AUGUCUUCGGGGCUAUCCUCCCAGCUCCACCUCAGUGUGGCAAAUCAGUGCAGGUCGAGAAGCAUCUCUUUGCUGGACAAGUGGAGAGGGCGCUCCAAGUCGAGGGAGCCAUCUCCAAAACAACCUCAAUGCAAUCCGAGGGUCAAUUCAGAACCCGAUAGAGGGAGAAAUACUGCUGCGUCUGUGCGCAACGCCUACGCACCUAGCGUGCCGCCGCCCACGCUGUCCAAGACACCCCCAGUCGAUCACACCGCCCAAGCCGGAAGUACUGUUGUUGCUAAGAACAAUGCAGCCGGUGUUGGAUCUACGGACAUGUGGAGCGCCGCAUACCGGGAGGCGCUGUCCGGUUUUGGCGAUGAAGUGGCGAGUGUGAUAUCGAAAGGCGACAAAAUUGAGUCGCUCUUGACAAACCUGCAAGAGACCAACGAGGAACUCGCAGGGGACUCGCUUUUCCGGCGGGGACUGCGAAGAUUGCAGGCGCCACUCAAGAAUUUCAAAUUGGCCUUGGAUAUGGCAAGCCCUCUCGCUAGUAUUGAGCCUACUGCGUCAACGGCCGUUGGAGUUGUGACCUGCGUGACGGCAAUUGCUAUUGGCAUCUGCGGUGCGGAAGACUCCUUGAAUGCUCAGAUCAUCAGCAUGCUAGAGCACGUCGCCAUCAUCGACGAUUGCGAUACUCUCGGACAGAAAUUAGAUGCCGAUAAUGGUAUUCACAAGGCUCUUGUUCCAGUGUACAAGGAUCUUUUGAGCUUUUACAUUGCCGCCCUGGAGAUAUUGACCAGCAAGGCUUUUAUACUUGCACUGGUUUGUGGCCAACUCAACCAGCGCCUGCCGACCAUUAUCUCGGAAUUUCUCCAGCAUGCCGCUCUUCUGCGAGACAGGAUUGGGAAUGCAACAUUAGAGCUUGUCACAGACAUCAAAAAACUGCUUCAAGACAAUAAGAUUCAGAAGCUUCUAGGCGUCGACAAAUAUAAGCAACGGAGCGAGGUCCACACUCAGCUUCGUCGGCUUCGAGCUGUUGAUGCUUGCAAAUGGAUAGAGGAGGAGCCCAAAUUCAUCAAAUGGUACAAUGCGACGACUUCCAGCCAGUUGGUCCUCUUUGGCCACAUGGGUUGUGGCAAAACAGUUAUUACGGCACAUGUGAUUGAAGAGCUAAUCCGCAUGAAUAGAAACAAGUUGCCUCGGCCUCUUGUAUGCUACCAUUACUGCGUCACCGAUGAAAGAGGGAAGGCACUCUACAUCUAUUCGAGCCUCAUCCUACAAUUACUCGACCAGCAAGAAGGUCUCAAGGUCGAGUUCGACAGAUGGCACGAAAAAACCGGGAAAUCCGAAGGCCGCGAUCCGGCACAGUCCUCCGAGGAUCUAGGGAACUUCCUGUCAACCUCUGUCGAGAGUCUCGACCGAGAACUAUUUGUGGUCAUUGACGGUCUGGACGAGUGCGACAGCGAGUCGCAGCGCGAGCUGAUCGCUCUGCUCACCAGCCUCUCAGACAAAGCGCAUAGACUGAAAGUCUUCUUCUCCUCUCGGCCUCAGGAAGGAAUCGAAAAUCUUCUGCAAGCCGCCGCCCAGAUUCGGUGGAACCCUACUCUGGAGCGGGAUACAGUCAUGGUUGAAAGAAUUGUUCAGCAAUCCCUAAGUGAAUUUCCUCCUGUCAUUCAGUCGCUUGUGGCCGAAAGGCUUUCCAAAUUGGCGCAGGGAAGUGCCAUUUGGGUCAGAUUUACGAUUGAACUCAUCAAAAGGCGGCAGAUUAAGGCAGUUGGUCCCAUGAGAAAGUUUUUGGCAGAUAUUCCAUCUCCAGCUGGGCUGUCGCAACUAUAUGCGAAGGUGUUCGCUCAUCAAACUGGAGACGACCCUACCAACGAGCAACUGGUCACGAGCGCACUAGAGAUUCUAGCAGUAGCUCAGAGGCCCAUAAGCAUACUGGAGUUGGCUUGGGCUAUUGCAUUGAACGAUCCUUGUGCAGAGAUCGAGACCCUGGAAGAGCUCAAAGACUCGGUGGACGGAGAAAGGGCGUUGGGCUUGCUGCAGCCUUUCUUACCACAGAUCGACCUCGAGGACGUCAAGAAAAGGCAGGUAACGCUUGUGCAUCAGUCCUUGAAAGAACUGAUCUUGCGACAUGCUCCUUGUGAUUGGGGUCACCCGCAGACUACUGCUGAAGACAUUGAUAAACAACGCAUCCGGCGACGACAGCCUGAACUGCAAGCCUCUCUCCUACACGCAUGUGUCAAAUAUCUGCUUCUGAGUGAAUUUGAUCAAACCGAUCUGUUUUCAGAAGAGCAAGAAACAGUCCAAAGCUUCGACGAAAUGGCCGGAUUCGCAGCGUUUGACGAUGCCAGUGAUGAUAGCGGGCAAGCAGACUCAUCAGGAGCGCAUCAAGGCCCUGGAAACGGGACAGAUGGCACAGAGAACUACUACGACCCUGCGGAGCGCGGAUUCGGCGAAUUUUUCGUCUAUUCGUCCUGCUUCUGGCCAGAUCACUUCAAGGUGAGCGCACCAGAACGCCUGCCGCCCACAUCCGACAUUGUGAAGCUGUGCACAGCAGGUUCGAAAAGAUUGCAAAACUGGACUGGGCAAAAUUGCCGUCCAGAUUGCACGAUCACGCCGAAGUUCUAUAACAGCCACCCCCAAGAUCCGCUAACCAUCGUGUCGGUACACGGGCCAGAGGUCGCACUGAUAAGGCUUUUAGAAGACAACACGAUCGACCUCGGUGGCAAGGAAUUUCUAUUCGAUUCCGUCAAGCGAUCCAUCGAGCAAAUCAUCUGGUGGGGUGAUAUCUCUCGACUAUCUAUACUCUUCCGGCAUGCGAGGGUAGGACCACAGAUUCGAAAUAUCGGCAUCUUUCAUGUACUCAUGGCGGAGUGGGCUUCUUCGGAUAAGAAAUCGAAGCCGUGGGCUAGUUGCUUUGAUCUUAUAUUCGACAUUUGUGAUGACGUCCUGGUCCAGCAACAGUGGGGCAACGAACUCUUGUGUUUGGCCGUGAGCUAUGGUUGCCUCCCCAUGAUCGAAAGACUUUUUGAAGAGGCGGCUCGCAAUCCGGCGAUGAGAGAUGAACUCCUCCGAGAUGCCCGACGAGAUAUCAAGCCUCCCGACUAUCACCAGUCAGUUGGGGAAGCAGCCUGGUACAACCGCGUCGAGGUGCUCCGGUAUCUCCUGAAUCAACAAGGCAUCGAGGCCCAUCUUCAGCACCGCGACUCUCAUGGGUACAACGUUCUCCACCGAGCAGCGCGCUGGUGCAACCCGGAGGUGGUGUCUCUCCUGGUUUCGCACUUCCCAGAAGGCGUGAACCAAAGAAACAAGAAUGGCGACACACCGCUACACCUGGUGAUCUUUGGGGGACAGGCAACAUCCGGGCGGCUGGAGUCGGCAACGAUCUUGCUAAACCAGGGCCAUGCGGAUGUGGAGGCAGAUUCGACAGACGAGCACAACGGCUGGGGAGAACCGCUCCGAAUGGCUGCUAGAUAUGGCGACACAGCCAUGUGCCGCGUUCUCGUGGAAGUUGGUGGUGCCGACCCUCGCCGCGCCCUGAAAAUCCAAGACGGGCGCCCUGCGCUGGUAGAUCCUGUGGAGGUCGAGGAGCUGGGCCCCAAGAUCUUGGAAACCCUUUGCUCUCUCGCCGGCAUAGCUCUCUAG